AUGUCCACGCAGGCGCCGCCUCUAUCCUGCUGCAAGGGAAUACUCGGCAAGUACGCAACGUCUUGCAAGGGGCAGGGGGCUUGCAUAUUUCUUGCCUUCAUUGAGAUUGAUAACCACCUCGACUCUACUCCCUCCGAGUACAUCCAGUGGCGUUUCCAGACCGGUGAGGACCGUGAGGCCAUGGACCGUGCCAACAAGAUCGUCACCGACGAGGAUGAGAAGGCCAUGGACAAGAUCUACAAGAUCGAGGGCCAGCCCCGUCGUGUCAUUGGUAUCCACGCUCGUCGUAAGUUCAAGAACAGCUACCAAUACGAGUGUUCGUUUUCGCUGGGUCAUUGA